GAUGGAAGCAGUCGCUGGGGUACAAAGUUAACAACAUGGAUGAUGUGGCCUUGAUCUGUGAAGAAGACCUUCUGACUACUAUCUUCUGUGCAUGUGACAUGGAGCGUACAGGAAAAGUAGCAGUUUCCAAGAUAGUUGAUUAUUUGAGACAUACAACUAGUCGAGGACUGGAAGACAGUGGUCUUGAAGAGCUGUGCAACAUGCUGGACCCGGAUCAGAAGGAUGUCUCCAUGGACCUGGAAACGUUUCAUGCCAUCAUGAAAGAGUGGAUUGGAGACUGCAAGAGAAGGGAGGAUGGUGCCACUGAGGAACCAGCAGCAAGCAUGGAAGACCUGGAAUUUAAAGUGCCUAAAGGCAUCUCUGAAGCGAAGGAGAUGCAUGUCCGGAUGAAUGUCACCUCUGGAAGCUUGGAGGCCUUUGGGGGGGAAGUGUCUAAAGGAGACAUAGAGACUUCAGACUUGAUAACCUGUGUUGCGGAUCUGCAGUACAAGAACCAGAAGCUUCAGGAAGAGAACAACAAGCUGAAGCUCACACUGGAAGCUGCUGAUGAGACCAACAAUAAGCUGUUGGCAGAUAAUGAGGAUCUAUGUCAACAACUAAAAAGCAUCCAGCAUUCUGUGCUGAAAGACAAAUCCCUGGAAGAAGAACUAGAAGAAGCAAAAACCAACCUGAACCUGUCAGAAGAGAAGAGACAGCAGAUUCUCUGCCAGAAUAAGCAGCUAAAUAUUAGGAAUAGCAUGGACACCGAUGGACUUAAAAAGAAGAUUUUGGAGCUGUCUAAAAAUGCAGCAGAACUUCAAAUCCAAGCACAUAUCUAUGAGAGCACUGUGGUGAAUAAAGAGGACAGCUUGAUCCAGGUUAGCUGCUUUGACUUCAUUACUGUCUUGACUGAAAAUACUGAGGAUGGGAUGAAGGAGCAGGCCAUCAAAGAACUGAAGUUAACCAUUGUGGAGUUUUCCUCAAUAAUAGAGAUUACCAAGAGUGAGUGGAUGUCCCUGGAUGAAACACUGAACCGUGAAGUGCUGGUUUUACUUCAGGGACCCGAGUAUGCAGGGGAAAAAUUUAAGACUGUCAUGCAAAAACUGCAAGAGGAAGCCUAUGAAACAGAGGAGCUUGUUGUGACUUCUUUACAAUGGUUGAAAGAUCCUGAUGUGAACAUGCAGCAGACUUGGGAGAGAAAACUUGUGGUUCUCAGGGAAGAACUAGAAGAAAAAAGGCACCUUUGGAUCCAGAAACUUCAUCUCUUGGGAAAAUACAAAGAAUCCCUGGAGAAGGAUUUUGUUCAAAUGGCAGGCAACCUGAGGAGAACCAAAACAGAGCAAUUUCACCUAAGGAAAGAGCUCUCUGCCAGGCAGCGUGAGAUAGAAACUGUCAAACAGCUACAAGAAGAAACUGCUGGCCAGGCAGAAGCCCUUGGCUUAGAGCUGCAGAGAGCUACAAAGCAGCUUGAGGAUGCCAGCAAACAGUUGGAGGAUCGAGUCGAAGUCUUUCACUCUGCUCGUGAGGAAGCCACGUCCUUGAAACACCAGUUAGAGGAAGCCAUUUCUGAGCAACAAAAACUCAAGGAUGUGAAUGCAGCUUUAAGAAGCACUUGCCAGUUGCUUCAAGAGAAGGUGGAAGAUCAGAAAAUAAUUCUUAAUGCACUGAAAUGGGAACUGCUUCAGAGGCGCCUCUGUGAAUUACUGUGUCAGUGCUAUGCAGAGUUAGAAUCUGACUACGGUCUGCUGCCCACGUCAGCUGAGCUGGUGAAAGGGAAGAUUGACUGCGGAGAGCCAGUGCUACCAGCCAGUCUGAUCCCAUCCAGUGACCACUUAACUUCACCCCAAGAAGUUGUUACAUCCUCUCUGGAAAGCACUGCGCCAGGAACAGACUGCCUUGUUAUGGAGGAAAAAUCACCCGAGUGCUCACGUGAAAAAGAGGAAGAUGUGCCAAGUUCCGGAGCGACGGAGAAAAACAGCGACGAGGAUGCAGCUGGUCCUGCAGCAGGAGCAGACCUGACCAAGAAGGAAUUCUGCCCCAUGACAGAAGAACACAAAGCCACAUUUCAAAAUGUUUUAAAUCAAGACCCGGAGGUGGACCAGGAAAAGAAAAAUAAUAAAGAGCAGAGUGAGGAAGCACCAGCUGUGGUUCCCAGUAGGAAAGGGAGUUCACCCACUGCAAGUGGCAUUAAAGGAGAUAAAACAAAGCAAAACGAGCCUGACUGCCCUAAUGAGAAAGAAGUGGAGGCUGAAUUUCUGAGGUUGUCUUUAGGUUUUAAAUGUGACUUGUUUACCUUGGACAAGAGAGUGAGGCUUGAAGAGAGGUCCCGAGACUUGGCUGAAGAAAAUUUGAAAAAGGAGAUAUCAAAUGCUCAAAAGAUGUUAGAGGCUUUAGUUCCUUUGUGUGAAGAAGACAACCAAGCGCAGGAGAUCAUUAAGAAGUUGCAGAAAAGCUUGCAGUUCCUCAGCCAGUAUGCAUCCCGAGUUGCCAGUAGAGCAGAGAUGUUGGGAGCUAUUAAUCAGGAGAGCCGUGUCAGCAAGGCUGUGGAAGUCAUGAUUCAACACGUGGAGAACCUGAAGCGCAUGUAUGCGAAAGAACACGCCGAGCUCGAGGAGCUGAAACAGGUCCUGCUGCAGAAUGAGAGAUCCUUUAGUACUCUUGGGGAUCGAGAUGAAUCUACAAAUAAAAAGCUACCAAAUUCUUUUAAUUUCAAGCCAUCAUCAUCCCUACGAAGAGUUAGCCUUGCAGCAUUGCCUAGGAGUGCCGGAGGUGCAGGGAUUGGGUUGCCCCUGGCCCAGCUCCAUCAACCUGAAGGAGAUGAAUGGAGUGAUAAAUUCCACAGGAGAUCAAGCAGUUGGGGCCGACUAGGAGCAAAGCAGAAUGAGAAGCGUCCUUCACUCCAGCGCUUCAUGAGCACCUACUCCUGGGCAGAGUAUGAAGAUGAACAGUCCGAAACAAAAAAUGAGCAGUCAGACUCUCCUGCUUAAGUCCAAGAGCCACCAUCCAGGAAGGAGAGUGUUUCUGGAAAAGGGAAACAUUCAUCCAAAUGGAAUCUGGAGUCAGUGUACAAUUUAGUGUCAUCGUGGAUAUCCCGUUUCAAGACUUCCUUUUCCAACGCUAACAAAACUUUCUGGCUUUCUGUUUCCAUCCUGGUACUGCUUGCUGCUAUCACAAGCUUCCUUACUGGGCUGUCUCUUCAAAGACCAGCAGAUGCAGCACCUGUAGGAACUGGGGACUCCUGGACUUUACUACAGCAGCUGUUGUGGCCAUAUAUAGGACUUCAACACUAUGGACCACCCCCAGUAUAA